ACAUCAUAAAUCAUUUGGGAUUUGAGAGCACCUGUACCUCCAGUGUCACAUAAUCAAACCAUGGAAUUGACACGAUUUUCUGCUAUUCUCGGACUCGUCUUUGCCAUGUGUGCAGCGGUGCACUAUACACAAGGAAACCCCACAUACAGUCUCGAUAUCAACUCCAUUUUCCUGGGACUCUGUCCAAGAUACAUUGACCAUGUCUCGGGUGGUGGAGAAUGCUCCGAGGAAUUCAUUGCAGGCAUCCACAAUGACCACAAGGAUCAGCCUUCAGAUGCCGACAUCGUCGUCUACCUCACGCUGGCCCAGGAAGGCAAACUGGGCUUAAUGGACGACAAGGGUUUCGGCUUCGAUUCUGCAUGCGAGGUAUUGGAGCACCUCUGUACGCCAGUAAUCCGACUACCUGAUAACGCUCGUUUCAGGCGUCAGUCUUCCAACUCCAACUCUACCUCUGCCUCCGACUCGGCAUCAGGUUCAGAAAGUUCGGAGUCCACAUAAAAAUGAAGCGCACUAUACUUUUCUUUCAUAGUGGAUAGGCAUAUAGCUAUUUACUAAGAAAUAGAUUGCAUAUGAAAGUACGCAUUCCAGAAAAUUGACAUCAGAAGUCUGCAUACUAGGGAACAUAAAUCUGAAAGAUUUUUAUAAUCAUUGAUAUGUCAUAUGAUUUGUGUAAUACGGGCACUAAUUCCUAAUAUUUUGUGAAUGUAGCACUGUUAGAGAUCAUAGAACAUCUAGAUUCAUAAGCACAUCUCAUAUUCUGGUAAAUUUAAAUGUAUUCAUUUAGUAAUGGUCUGACAUUACCCAUUUUAUCAUCUAUGAUUUGCAAAUUAUUCCUUAACUUGUGAAAUUUUCAUCUAAGCCUUUCAAUAUAAUAUACUUGUGUAUAUAUAUGUAUAAGGUGGUUAUAAUUGAGAGGACAAUGUAACAUAUCAUUGAAAAAUUGAGAAACAAAUUAAUAACAAACAUUUAUAAACAUUAUAUACCGUGGGAGUAAAAAAACUUCCUUGACACCUCACAAAUCCCCAUUUUAAGGAAAAAAUAUAUAUCAUGAACGCAUAAUCAUUAAAUAUGGUUGGAAAGAGUAUCUCCUCCCAAAUAACUUGAUACCAUAUUUAUGUGGUAUGUUUUCAUGUUUGGAUGGGUAGGUAUUUUUUGCAGUGAUGUAAAUUUUGACUUGCAUCAAAGUAAGGCAUGACUGCAAUGAGUGAACCCCAGAUGCCAAUGAUGUCAUAAUCCUACAUGAGUUAGAAAACAACUUUGCAAAUCCCUUUUCAAUGAAAUUAACUUGAGAAUUGAUACUAAAAAGUUUUUAGUACACAAUUAUAAUGUAAAUUAUUGAAAUGGUGUUUUUAAAUUGAUUUUAAUGCCAUUGUAAAAUUAUGACAUAAUUUAUACAUCUGGAAUCACUCAUUGCAGUCAUGCCUUACUUUGGCGCAAAUCAAAUUUUACAUCACUGAUCAUCCAAGCGUUAACACAUACCACAUAUGGUAUCAAAUUAUUUGGGAGAAGAUACUCUUUUAGGCCAUAUAUAAAAGUUAUGUGCUCAUGACAAUAUUUUUCCUUAAAGGACAAGUCCACCCUAACAAAACCUUGAUUUGAAUAAAAACAGAAAAAUCUAACAAGCAUAACACUGAAAAUUUCAUCAAAAUCGGAUGUAAAAUAAGAAAGUUAUGACAUUUUAAAGUUUCGCUUAAUUUCACAAAACAGUUAUAUGCACAUCCUGGUCCACUCACUAUUUCUUUUGUAUUUAUUAUGUGAAAUAUGAAAUAUUCUAAUUUUCUCCUCAUUGUCAAGUGAAACAAUGAUUAAUUCCUCCCUGAACAAGUGGAAUUAGCAUUGUUUAAUAUUAUAUACUUCAGUCAAGUUGGUCCGUAUUGUCAAAUUUGUAAAAAAUGAAAUAUGAUGAUGUCAUCCACUCACUAUUUCUUUUGUAUUUAUUAUGUGAAAUAUGAAAUAUUCUAAUUUUCUCCUCAUUGUCAAGUGAAACAAUGAUUAAUUCCUCCCUGAACAAGUGGAAUUAGCAUUGUUUAAUAUUAUAUACUUCAGUCAAGUUGGUCCGUAUUGUCAAAUUUGUAAAAAAUGAAAUAUUGUAUAAUUCAAACAAUAAAAAACAAAAGAAAUAGUGAGUGAUGGACAUCAUCGACUGUCUCAUUUGCAUGUCACUGAGUUAUGCAUAUGACUGUUUUGUGAAAAAUAAGCGAAACUUAAAAAAUGUCAUAACUUUCUUAUUUUACAUCCAAUUUUGAUGAAAAUUUCAGCGUUAUGCUUGUUUGAUUUAUCUCUAUUCAUUCAAAUCAACAUUUUUCUGGGGUGGACUUGACAUUUAAAUUAGAGAUUUGUAAGGUGUCAAUUUUUUUUUAAUCACACGGUAAACAUAUAUUGGUGUAGAAAUAUAAAUUGAGUCAAAAUUAUAGUUUCUAUGGUACUGGCUGAGUAAAAAAUAAAGAGUUUAGCAAACCAAUGGCUAAUUAUAAAAAAAAAAGGAAUUAUGAACAAUAAAUGGUUGUGUACC